AUGGUGGCUGCUCGAAAAGGAGAUGUCGAGUAUCUACUCCGAUCAACGGAAUCCGAUCCGAAUCUUCUCGAGGUUGUUCUCAUCGACGGCGAAGAAACGCCGUUACACGCUGCCUCCAUGUACGGACACUUGAGUUUCAUCAAAGAAAUCCUCAAACUAAGAGAAAGUCUCGGAAGAGAACUUAACAAAGACGGAUUUAUACCUCUGCAUAUAGCAGCAGCCAUGGGACACGUCGAAAUCGCGAGAGAGCUUCUGGAGAAGCUAAGUGGUGAGAUCUGCUUGAUUAAAGGCAAAGAGAGAAGGAUUCCUCUCAUUACGCUGCUAUGA